UCCAGGGGCCACCAAACGGGUCUUUGGAGCCGGGCCCUCCGGGUGGAGGAGGAAGAGGGACAUCCCAGCCGGAGCCCAGGCGGGAGGCCUGGAGGAGGCUUCCCUCAGUGAGGGGCACUCAGGUGCCGGGCCGCCAGCGUGGGGCCCGGCCCAGGGCAGCGAGGAGGACGGAAGUCUGCACUUGGCCGAGGGCCAGCAGAAGAGAGGAGCAGACAGUAAACAAGCUGCCCCGCCAGUUCCGGGGAGGGCCCUGGGCCAGCGCUGUCCCCGCCGCCCCCUGCAUAAAGGCCCUGCCUCCAGACCAGUCCCACAGCUGCCCGCCCGGAGACAGUGGCCCUGUCCCACGCCCUGCUUCCCCGCGCCCGCCCCAGCUGGGACCAUGGGAGGCCCCCAACGCCCAGCCUUUCUAGCCCUGUGUGUCCUGCUGAGUCUCUCGAGAGCCAGAGCCCAGGACUCGGAGGCCUGUGCCAGCUGGUGCCCUCCGCACUCGGAAUGUGUCAAUGCCACCGCCUGUCGCUGCAAGCCAGGGUUUGCUGCUUUGUCUGCAGAGGUCUUCACGGACCCCCUGGAGAUCUGUGACGACAUCAAUGAAUGUGGGCCACCCAUGAAAGUGUCCUGUGGAAAAUUCGCAGACUGCCAGAAUGUGGAGGGGAGCUAUUACUGCACUUGCAGCCCAGGAUACGCGCUCCUUUCUGGGGCAAAAAUGUUCACCAAUGCGAGUGAGAACACCUGUCAAGUGGCUGCCGGGAUGAGACCUGACCGUUCCAGGACACACAGGGGCUCAGCCGCACCUGGAACACUCUCUGGUCCCCCAGCCACCAUGGACCCAGGGACUCGAUCAGGAAAUACAGGAGGAAGGAGACUUGAGGACGUGGACGAGUGUAAGCAGAACCCCAGAAUCUGCAGGGACCACAGCACCUGCACCAACACUCAGGGCAGCUAUACCUGCAAGUGUCUGCCUGGCUUUGAGCUCAACUUGACAGAACCGAAGCUGUGCACAGAUGUGAAUGAAUGCGCCCCUGGACUCAACCCGUGCCACAAGUCCACCCACUGCCUCAACCACAAGGGCGGCUACCAGUGCCGCUGCCGCCCUGGCUGGAAGCCGGUGCCCGGGUCCCCCAACGGCCCGAACACGACCGUCUGCGAAGAUGAGGAUGAGUGCAGCUCCGGGUGGCAUCAGUGCCACAACUCCACCAUCUGCCACAACACCCUGGGGUCCUACAAGUGCCUCUGCCACCCAGGCUGGGAGCCGAUCCCUGGGCGCCUCAAAGGCCGGAACAACACCGUCUGCCAAGUCAAGCCCUUCUUCACCUGGCCGCUGCCCCCCGGAGUCAAGAGCCAGAGUCUGUCCCGCUUCUUUGACAAAGUCCAGGAUCUGCACAGGAAUUUCAAUCCAGUCACGGCCAAGGACACAAUUCAGAAACUCAUCAGGACCAUGGACGACCUGCUGAAAGCCCCUGGGGACCUGGAGGACAUGGCCCUGUCUGUCCGGCACCAGUUGGCCACGCAGUUGCUCUUGGACCUGGAGCAGUCCCUGAGGACCCUGGCGAGUUCACUGCCUGAAGGCCCUUUCACCUAUCUUUCCUCUGCAGACACAGAGCUGUCCCUGAUGAUCCAGAAGCAAGGGAAUGGAAAUGUCACCGUGGGCCAGAGCCACGCACGGAUGCUGCUGGACUGGGCCGUGGCGCCUGGAGCCGAGAACUCCAGCAGUGGCCCCACGGUGGUGGGCAUCCUCUCCAGCCCCAACAUGAAGACCCUGAUGGUCAAUGCCUCCUUGGACCUGGACCCCAACAAGCAAGCCACGCUGGAAGAGAUCUACCAAGGCCCCAUCCGAGGCACCAAGCUCCGGCUCCUCUCCGCGGUCAACUCUGUCUUUCUUACCACCAACGACACCGAGAAACUCGCCUCACCUGUGACCUUCGCCUUCUCCCACCCUUGGGAGACGCCCAAGAACCGGGAAGAGCUGAUCUGUGCCUUCUGGAAGGUUGACAAGAGUGGACACUGGGACACUACAGGCUGCUGGAAGCUGGGCAGCACCAAUGGCAGCACCACCUGCCAGUGCAGCCACUUGAGCAGCUUUGCCAUCCUCAUGGCCCACUACCAGGUGGAGGACCCAAAGCUGUCCCUGAUCACCAAGGUGGGACUGUCGCUGUCGCUGAUCUGCUUUCUACUGUGCAUCCUCACCUUCCUGCUGGUGCGGUCCAUCCAGAGCUCUCGCACCACCGUGCACCUGCACCUCUGCAUCUGCCUUUUCUUAGGCUCUGCCAUCUUCCUGGCGGGCAUCGAAAACGAAGGCGGCCAGGUGGGGCCUCGCUGCCGCCUGGUGGCCGGGCUGCUGCACUACUGCUUCCUGGCCGCCUUCUGUUGGAUGAGCCUGGAGGGCCUGGAGCUGUACUUCCUCGUGGUGUGCGUGUUCCAUGGCCAGGGCCUGAGCACGCGCUGGCUCUGCCUGAUCGGCUACGGCGUGCCCCUGCUCAUCGUGGCCAUCUCCGCGGCUGUCCACAGCGAGGGCUACGGCCGCAUCACCCACUGCUGGUUGGAUACGGAUCACGGCUUCCUCUGGAGCUUCCUGGGACCCCUGGCCUUCAUCAUUCUGUGCAACGCUGUCAUUUUUGUGAUCACUGUCUGGAAGCUCACUCAGAAGUUUUCUGAAAUCAACCCGGACAUGAAGAAAUUACGGAAGGCAAGGGUGCUGACCAUCACAGCCAUGGCCCAGCUCUUCGUGUUGGGCUGCACCUGGGUCUUCGGCCUGUUCCUCUUUGACCCUCGGAGCUGGGUGCUGUCCUACAUCUUCACCAUCCUCAACUGCCUGCAGGGACUUUUCCUCUACGUGCUGCUCUGCUUACUCAACAAGAAGGUGAGGGAGGAGUACCGGAGGUGGGCCUGCAUGGUUGCUGGAAGCAAGUACUCUGAGUUCGCCUCUUCCACAACUGGCACCAGCCAGAAUCAGACUCGGGUCCUCAGGCCAUCGGAGUCUGGUAUGUGAAGGCAAGGACCCAGCCAGGCCAGCAACUCCUGCACGUGCUGAAGGCUCCCCGCCUCCCGCUGCGCUCCCACCUUGGGCCCCACUGCAGUAGAGGGGCCACAGCUAUGUCCUGGCACCCAGCCCCAGAGCAGGCUGGAGGAGCCACUGGUCCUGCUUCUGUCUCUGCCCCACCAAGGAUGUGGGGACAGACACUGGGCCAGGGUUGCAGCCCAGCUGCUCCAGCACAUCCUCCCAGUCCUGGGGACAGACUGCGGACCCUUGCGUCCUUUACUCUCAGCUCUUUGCCAUAGAAGGGCUGGGAUGCUGGGUUCAACUUCUCUAUUAAGCUAAGACUGAAAUCAGAGGUCAGAGGACCUGGCUGCCGCUGAGGCUCACGGUACAGAGGCCUGGCUGCCCCCACAGGGGCGGAAGGGUCUCACGGUUAUCAAGGUUGUAGAUAUUGUGUAAUGUUUUUUGUAUCUGUUAACUUUUCAGUGUUGACACUUAAAAAUUAAAUAUCAUAAUGAUACAGAA